AUGCCUCCGCUGAGGCGCCUCGCCUCCCUUCACGGACGGACCGCGCGCGCGGCGGCCAUCUUACGCGGCGGGCGAGCGGAGGAAGCGCGUUCGCGCAGCCCCUCCUCUUCCGGCACUGCGGUGAGGGCCGCCCGCACUACAUCUCCCGGCCUGCCCCGCGGCUCCGCCUGGCGAGGAAUGGCGGCGAGGCUGGCGGCGGCGGCGCGGGUGGCCCUCCGGGCGGGCCCCGGGCAGCCAAGGGCCGUGCUGACGGCGGCGGCCGGGGGCGGCCCGCGCGGGGAGAAGCGGCGCUCCGCUGCUCCGUCCCCGCGGUGGGCGGCGGCCGGCGGGGCGGCGGCGGGGGCGGCGCUGGCGCUGCUGCUGAGCGGCGCGGCCAGCGGGGAGCGCCCCGGCCCGCGGCUGCAGGCCCUGUCUGCGGCCGUGCCGGAGCCCCCGCCGCGCUCCCCGCGCAGCACCUACAACUUCAUCGCGGACGUGGUGGAGCAGACGGCGCCGGCGCUGGUCUACAUCGAGAUCCUGGGCAGGCACCCCUUCUCGGGGCGGGAGGUGCCCCUCUCGAACGGGUCGGGCUUCGUGGUCUCGGCGGACGGGCUGGUGGUGACCAACGCCCACGUGGUGGCUAACCGGAGGCGCGUCCGGGUGCGGCUGGCCAGCGGGGAGCUGUACGACGCGGUGGUGCGGCAGGUGGACCAGGUGGCCGACAUCGCCACCCUCAAGAUUGACCCCAAGCGCCCGCUGCCGACGCUGCGCCUGGGCCGCUCUUCCGAGGUGCGGCAGGGAGAGUUUGUUGUUGCCAUGGGCAGCCCAUUUGCCCUGCAGAACACCAUCACCUCGGGCAUUGUCAGCUCGGCCCAGCGCGGAGGUCGAGAGUUGGGCUUGGCCUCCUCAGACAUGGAGUACAUCCAGACGGAUGCUGCCAUCGAUGAUGGGGAAGUGAUUGGCGUGAACACUAUGAAGGUCACGCCUGGGAUCUCUUUCGCCAUUCCCUCCGACCGGCUGCGAGCCUUCCUGGAGCAGGAGGAGAAGCACAAGGGAGUGGCGGGUGCUUCACAGGUGUGA